AUGCUGCUGUCCCCAGUCUUAAAAUGUCCGUGGAUUUUAUACACUUUCCUUUUGUCUUGUAAUGGUAGUCUUCAGCCUGGCUUUUCUAAACUUCAGCGUGGUCAAAGACUAGACAGGAAACUAAUCCAAUCCUUCGUAGAAGUCAGUUUCCUGGACUGUGUGAAAGAAUGUCUCGUAACACCACGGUGUAAAUCUGUCAACUAUAUCAAAGGGGCUAACUUCUGUGAAAUCAAUUACGAAAAUAAGAUGACAGCUGAAAUAAAUUACGUGGACAUUGCUGGAUGGGUUUACAGUGAAAAGGAGCACUGGCCUAAGGAUCUGGCUGGAGCUUGUGCAUACUCAAACUGUCAAAUCAACCAGACAUGUAAACACAAGAAGUAUUCCAAGGGCACAUCCUACGAAUGUGUUUUGUCAGAUUGUGGAAUACCCAAUCGAACAGGAAUUGAUCUUAAUACACCACACCGUGAAGACGCCAUUGGUAUACGCAGAAGGAUACACGCCUCAUGUUCUGCGGGAUACUUCCAGUUUGGUUCAGGACGAUUGAUAUGUCAGUCAAACGGGGAGUGGAAAUAUGACAUUGCUUGUGAAGAAGGUUGGGUUCAAUAUGAGAAUCAUAUAUAUCGCAUAUUCACUGAGAAGAAGAAUUGGGACGGUGCAAAGGAACACUGUGAAUCAAGAGAUGCAUAUCUGGUAGAGAUCGAAUCGUCUGAGGAAAACACUUGGAUCCAUGAAAAACUUGUUUAUCAACAUUUUCUCUCUAGAAUGGAUCAUUGUUCAUACAAUAUAUAUGACUGUACAGUGUGGAUUGGUGGCAGUGACAAGAACACGGAGUCGCAAUUUAUCUGGAGUAAAAGUGGAAAUUUAAUCACUUUCUUAAACUGGUCAAUUGGGUCUCCAAACAACUUGAAGGGCAAUCAAGACUGCAUCGAGAUGUUUGCUUCAAAUGGGAGGUGGAAUGAUAGGGAAUGUGAUCACAACACUCCUUUUAUAUGUGAAAAAAGCCUAAACUGAUGUAGAUAUGUAGAUGACAUACAGGAAUAUUGUAAAUGUGGUUCUGUCUUUAAGCAUUCAUCACUUUAGCGAGGAACUGUUGGCUACAAAGUUAAUAGAAUUGUGAGAUAUACAUUUGCUGAGUUGUAAGAACAAUAAUCAUCCCGAUAUUCAAUAUGCGAUUGAUUUUGAUCGAAACUAAGCGUAGAUGAUUUCCCUCUAACUUUUUCGUACAAACAUUACUUUUUUUUUUAAAUAGAAAUCAUCAUUGUUGUAAGUUUGUCGCAUUGUUUCACUCAAGUUUUGAACAUCAAAUAACUGGGUUUUUUGUAACCUGAAAGUGAUUGAUAUUAUUUGUAUAUAAAAUGAAAAUGAAAAUAUGCAACACACAAUUCAUUUCUGUCGUUUCAGGGGAAACAAAACUAGUGUAUGUUUAAGUGUCAACUAUAUUAUUUUUAAUCUAAAGAAAACCUUGCUUUUUUGUUGAAUUCUCAGAUUCAAAUGUCCAUUAAACAUCUGCUUUUGUUUAUAUAUAAUGUGUUGGUUAUCGUAUUGUAUGUUUUCUCAUUUGUAUUGAAUUAUUGAAUUUCGAAGACAAAGAACAGAAAUAAUGAAAUAUUCAA